AUGUCCGAAAACAACUCUCAGCCCCUCGAUACUAACAUGGAGGUGAAUGAUGAGCUGGACCGUACCGUCGAUGAGGAGAUCAAGCAAGACGCGACACAACUCGAGGCCGACGCCAUGAAUCUCGACGGCGCAAACGAUACAGAGCCUUCCGCAAUGAACGGCGCAGCAGACCCAGUCACCAGCUUUGAAGCGCGGAUACCUGCCAAGAAGGAUGCAACAUUGCGCGAGUUCCUGGGCAAGAUGGACGAGUACGCGCCCAUCAUCCCUGACGCAGUGACCAACUACUACCUCACCCGCGCCGGUCUGCCACCACCACCUCAGACAUCACAGCAUCUUGCGCGCCUCUUAGCGCUCGCGACCCAGAAGUUCAUCGCCGACAUUGCAGCCGACGCUUACCAGUUUUCGCGGAUUCGUUCCUCAAACACAACAAGCAACAACCCUAUGGGCGGCGCUGGAGGACCGCCAGGAGCAGCUGCGCCAGGAGGAGUGCCAGGCGGGAAGGACAGCGGUGCUAAGGCUAAGGACUAUAACCUCGGUAUCCAGCGGCCAGGUUAUGGCGGAGGUGGCCAGGGCGGCAGUCAGGGACGCACUGUACUCACCAUGGAGGACCUGGGCAUGGCAGUUGGCGAGUACGGCGUCAACAUUAAGCGUGGCGAGUUCUACCGCUAG